AUGGUGGUAUGCGAUGGCAAGGUUCGUGGUCCGGGCAUGGAGAAAACAACUGCUCAAUAUCUUGCCGAGGACAUUCUCGCUAGCCCGCAGACUUCACGAAGGACGAUACGUGCUGCUUACAUGGCGUGGGACGGCCAGUCAAUGGAUGUCGAAUGUUUAAAGGGCAUAUACAAAGGUGUUCCUUUCUUCUGCAUCAUCAAGCAGCAGAAUCAAGGUAAACGCGACAGUCUGAUUGUCAGUCGGUCUUUCGUUUUCAACUUCAACCGCCGAAACGAGAGACCGAAGGUAGUCUUCUCACCAACCUUUUUCACAUCCAUGGCAGAUUGGUUACAGAAUGAAGCCGGCUUCGACCGGGUCGACAUCUUGAUCGGAAUGGAUGCCGACACCGUUUUCGAAGAAGACUGUAUCUCGCACCUUGUUGAAGAGAGCCACUACCCCCACACUGUCGGCGUCUGUGGCUAUGUAGCAGUUGACUUCCUCCAUGGUAACUGGAACUUCUGGUCCAUCUACCAAUCUGCUGAGUACACUAUCGCGCAAGCCCUGCGCAGACUUCAUCAAAGCAUGGUUACUCAUAAGGUGUCUUGCCUACCAGGCUGUUGUCAACUUCUGAAGGUAUGCGAGGAAACUUGUGGUGAUAGGGUUCUCAUCGACCUCUUCGGAUACCACCCCAAGCCGACGGAUGGCAUUAUCCGCCGUAUUCGGGCCACUGCCUCUGAGGACCGCAAUCACGUUUGCCUGAUGCUGAUGGAGAGUCCAAAGGCGCAAACACGACAAGCCCUUCGAGCCAGGGCGUACACCGACGUGCCCCACUCCAUCAAGGUAUUUCUAAGCCAGAGGAGACGUUGGACGCUCGGUGCCACUUCAAACGAUCUUAUGCUCUUCACUAGAGCCCCCUUAUGGAGUUUCAAUUGGUGGGAACGAAUCGUUGCCUUCUCCAAUGUCCUGACGUGGUUACUCAAUCCGUUCGUCAUUGCAAGUCUAGGUUGCAUGAUCUAUGCUUUUCUCCACCAGCCUUGGUGGAUCAUUCUGAUUUUUGCAAUCAUUAUGAUCAUUCCACUCUGCUACUAUUUGACCAUGGUUAUCUGGAUGCCUCGAAACACCCUCGAAAGAUGCCAGUUCCUCUUGGGACUGUCAAUCUUUACACUUAUGGGUCCUUUCAUUAACAUUGGCGUUACAGUCUACGCUAUUAGGAACAUGGAUAACUUCGGCUGGGGAAAGACAAGAAAGGUCAUCGCAGAGACCGGCGAAGCCGAGGAGCCCAAUGCCGACGAGCAGCACCAGCGUCUUGAAGACGCACUGAACAACAACGAGAAAAUUGUCGGUUCUCAGGUACCUGACGAGGAGAAUCAAAUAGAGCGCCUAGCCACCCCCUUCACCGCUGAGCCGCUUAUACCUAGACGCCUGAGUUGCUCCACAGUGGCUCCUGAAUCCUACGAGCAGAUAACACAUGCUAUUCGUGGUACUCCUUCUACGGUCAGAAUGUCCAGAACCAAAACCCAGGAUCGUGCUGUUGGCCCGGAGAUGCCAGGGCGCUCGACUCAUUCCAAAAACAUGAGUGAUGAUUCUUCAGACGUCAGGAUUCCUCGUCGUUCAAGCUCCAGUCGUUCAUCCUCCAGUCGUUCAAUUGCCGCUCGACUGUCAUACUCGGCCCGCCAACCAAGAGUACAUUUGGGGACCUGUCAUGGCCAGUUUUGA